UAAAUAUUUAAGUUUACAUUCUCUGCAACAGUACUGUGUUUUGGCAUUCCCAUCUCUAAAUGAGAGUAUAUUAAGUCUGUUAUUGUGUAAUCGAUGCAGGAAAUUGUAUGCCUAAUGCUGCAGUUACUUUGGUCAGUUUUUGAGACUGACAACCACUAUAGAAAAAAAGUCCUGUACUGUUGUGAACUUGUGGUCACUGAGCUAUUAAUAGAAUUGCUUCUCAUUUUGUUUAUGUACUCUUGGUGUGUUGAGAGAAAAAGGCAAAACUUACAGUAUGUAAUCAAUUAUCCUAUGUUGGACGCAGUAACUCAAAACACGCUUCCUGAAUAAGAUGUAUAGCCUGGCUGGGAAAAUGCAAAACUACUUCCUUUGCUGGUUAAGUAACAGUGGAUUAAUAACUUUUUGGAAGCGACAGCGCUUAGAUAACGAGAAAUUUCAAGAAAAUUUUGUCUUUUUACCGACCGUUGCUCUUUCCCUGCUUAUUCUGUGUCUGAUUGCAAAGGAAUUCUUAACUCUUGUUUCAGACUGGGCAGACAGAAGGAAAGUUAUGUCUAUUCAAAUGAGAUUGUAUUCGCUGUCAAAACGUCAAUUUGUUCUUGUAUUCUUUACAUUCAUUGCUGGGUUUCUGCUCUCUGUGUUUACUGGUUUUGCAGGCCCAGCCAUUAUAUCCACCACCCAUGUAAACACUUCACAUCUAAGUGAACCACCCACUUCCAUUGCUAGUGGUCCAUUCAAAUUCUUUUCUCCUGUCCUUUCAACGUUUAACCAACAAAUUUGGUUGCUGGCGAACUUGCACAUUCAAAACCCAACAGGCGCAACUUUUGGUCAACCCUUUCAACUUUCCGUCACUAUGUUCGCAAUCGGCGAAGACGGCGCCGGUAGUGCUGGGCUCUCCGUGCACGUUCGUGAGCGGACACUUUUGUGCCAUGGGCAGGGCUGGUGCGAACCCAUAGUGGUUCUACACCUUGGUUAUCUUGAAUAUACUAAGUUUCGUGUCAGUGUUAGUUUCGAUGGAUUGCAAAACAUAAGUUACCCUGUAAAUGAUGUGCAGUUUGAGUUCAAAACCUACAAUCCAGUUUUCACUCAAGUCGAAGUUUGGUUUAGAUUUGCGUUUCUGGUCGCCACGUUUAUCGUUACGUGUCUAUUUGCCCAUACACUGAGAAAAUAUCACAUGCAAAACUGGACGAUUGAACAAAAAUGGAUGUCGUUUCUAUUGCCACUUCUACUUUUAUAUAACGACCCAAUAUUCCCUCUUGGCUUCCUAGUUAAAAGUUGGGUACCUGGUAUACUGGAUACUGUGUUUCAGGCAGCUUUUUUAUGCACUUUACUAUUAUUCUGGUUAUGUGCUUUCCAUGGUAUUCGAUCAACCUCGGAGAAGCGACCAUUUCUAACUUUCUACCUUCCUAAAGUGCUCUUGUGCGGCCUCGUGUGGUUGGCAGCUGUCACCCUUGGAUCAUGGCAACAGUACAAUGAAUUACUAGACCCCACCUACCAAUACAGGAUCGACAUGAAAAACUUUUUGGGAAUGAAGGUGUUUUUCUUUAUCAUUGGAUCGGUUUACAUUAUGUAUCUUGUCUUCCUAUUAAUACGAGCAUGUACAGAGCUGCAUACAAAGCCUUAUUUUAAUCUAAGGCUCAAGUUUCUCACUGGCAUCACUGCUUGUGUAAUUGCUGUAAGUGUUGCCAUUGUGGUUUUGAGGUUCGGGUCCCAGGUGCUUCAGGACAAUUUUGUGGCUCAAAUCUCAACCAAAUAUCAAAACUCUGCAGAAUUUGUUUGUUUCUACGCUCUAUUAAACUUCUACACUUACACGAUGGCAUUUGUUUAUUCACCUUCGCAAAACUAUGGAACAGCUGGUGAGCGUAGGCCAUUCGCACUUAGCCAUACUUCCGUGCUGACACCGGAUUCACCCUUGUGAAUGAUUCAGAUGAAGAUGUUAUUUAUGGAAACUAUGAAGAGAUGCCGCUCACAAAUGGAGUUCAUAAGAUGCAUAAAUAUGACUCAGAUUAAACAAGCAACACAGUGUAGUAUAGUUGGUGUUGGGAGGUGUAGAGACACAGAUACUAAUGUACUGUGUUGGGGGGUACAGGCCCAAGUUGUUCCAAUAUCGUUGAAAACAAUCUAAAAUUCCAGCAAAGGAUUUUACAUACCAAGUAACUGUAUGAUAAGUUACUGCUAUAUGUAUUUUUAAAGGUGAAAAUAGUUGUACUUAUAGUCAUAACUAUUAUAUUAGAUUGUGAAGCAGGUUGUUGCAUUACCUAAAGUUCCUAAACAAAGGAAAUGCUUUAAUUAGCUUUUUGGCUCCUCUGGUGUAAACGUUUUGUAAUAAUUGUUAAUUGCAUUCUAAAAAAACAUGAUUUUUUUUCGAAAAAUAAGUCUUUCCAAAUGGUAGACAGAACAAUAGAAUAAAAUCAAUGUUUUUGUACCAAAAGGUUCCAAAAGUCUAUAUUGCAAUAUGCCUAGUAACAGAUGAAAAUGAAUUGUAUGCUUGUUAUAAGCAAUAUAGGAAUUUCAUAACAGUUUUGCACCAUUUUAGAAAUCGUUAACCGUUUUUUCCGAAUAUUUGUAUUUUCCCGAAUAAUAUUAUGUGCAAUCAAGUUUAAAUUCGCAAAAGUUUUUUAUUUAAUUUAAAUAACAUCACACCUUUUUGAAGCUACAUUUUUAGUCAUAUUAUUUACAUUUUUCUUCUUUCAAUUACUGCCAAAUUACGUUAAUGCAAAUAUGUUUUUACUUAAAAGUUACGAACUCUUUCGGUUUCAUAGACAUUUUCGCAAAAAGUAACAACAUUUCAGCCAUAUUUUUACACAUUAAAUGCUAACAUCAUUCCAUUUACUAUGUUAAUACUCCACCAUACAAUUUAAAUCACAAAUUAAACUUACUUUUGCA